UCCGACAGCCCUCCUCUGCCUCUGCCAAAGCACCUUGUCUUGCCUAUAAAUCCAGAGCAGGAGGGGCUCUUCCCUCAGUAGCAGCAAGACGGAGCACAGGCAGCUGAGGACUGGGAGUUAAACUGUUUGCAGCCUGAGGUGAGGAUGAGAGUGGCAGUGGUGGGUGCAGGCGUCGGUGGACUGACAGCCACCAAGUGCUGCCUGGAUGAAGGGCUGGAGCCCACGUGCUUUGAGCAGAGCCAGGACAUCGGAGGCGUCUGGCGCUACACGGAGCAUGUCGAGGCUGGCCGGGCAAGCCUCUAUCCAUCAGUCAUCAGCAACACCUCGAAGGAGAUGUCGGCUUUCUCUGACUUCCCCUACCCUGAGGACUUCCCAGUGUUCCUGCCCAAUGCCCGGCUCCUGGACUACCUCCGGCGCUACGCUGAGCACUUCGGCCUCCAGGAACACAUCCAGUUUGGGACCACUGUUGUCAGCAUCAGGAAAUGCCCUGACUUUGCCACCACGGGACAAUGGGACGUGGUCACAGAGGUGGACGGGAAGCAGACAUCACACAUCUUUGAUGCUGUUAUGGUGUGCAGUGGCAAUUUCUACGAGCCAUGCCUCCCCCUGCACUGUUUUCCUGGCAUCGAGAGGUUUCAAGGCAAGCACUUUCACAGCCGGCAGUACAAGCAUCCCGAUGUGUUUCAGGGGAAGCGUGUCCUCAUAGUUGGCAUGGGCAACUCAGGAGUGGACAUCGCCGUGGAGGCCAGCCGGGUAGCUGCAAAGGUAACUAUUUCCACUAGCCGAGGCUCCUGGCUGCUGAGCCGCGUGUUUCACCAUGGCUACCCAUGGGACAUGGUUUUCAACACUCGUCUUAAGAGCCUGAUCAGAAACAGCCUCCCUGGGCCGCUUUCCUGGAGGCUGAUUAACCACAGUGUGAACCAGUGGUUCAAUCAUGAAAACUAUGGUCUUCAACCAGAGAACAGCUGCCUGGUACGUGAGCCCGUGCUGAACGAUGACCUUCCAAGCUAUAUCCUGACGGGGAGAAUCACCAUCAAGCCGGGCGUGAAGGAGUUCAAGCAAAACUCAGUUGUUUUCCACAAUUGCCCUGAGGAAGAGCCCAUUGAUAUCAUUGUCUUCUGUACAGGCUACAAUGUCUCCUUCCCAUUCCUAGAAGAAGCAGUUGUGAAGGUGGAAAACAAGCACGCAUCCCUCUACAAAUACGUGUUCCCAACCCACCUUGAGAGGCCCACGCUGGCUGUCCUUGGGCUGAUCAAGCCAUUAGGAGCCAUCAUGCCUGUGAUCGAGAUGCAAGCACGCUGGGUGACUCGUGUCUUCAAAGGCUUGUGUCAGCUGCCACCUCAGUCUGUCAUGGAGAAGGAGGUAAAUGAGAAGAAAAACCAAGUGAGAAGGUUUGGUCUGUCCUUUGAUGAAGUCCUCAAAACUGAUUGCCUGGUCUACAUGGAUGAGCUCGCCUCCUUCAUUGGUGCCAAGCCCAGUGUGCUGGGGCUGUUCUGCAGAGACCCUCAGCUGGCCUUCACCAUUUUCUUUGGCCCCUGUAGCCCCUACCAGUAUCGUCUGGGGGGCCCUGGGCGCUGGGAGGGGGCGCGCCGGGCCAUCCUCACCCAGUGGGACCGGACCCUAAAGCCCACAAGAACGCGUGUGCCCACUAGCAAAUCCAGCUCCUGCCCUUCUCUCCUGACUGUGGUGGGGCUGCUCCUGCUCCUGGCUGCCCUGGUUUUGGGUUUCCUGUAGAUUUUAUAGUCUAAGUUUUUUUCUUGGCCUUGGGUAUAUUAUCUCAGGUCAAACAAUUCCACAGGGUGCCACAGAACAGGAGGAAAGGGAUUUCAGCACAUUGCAUCAAAUGUAGAACUUUAACCAGCAACAUAAAGCUCUCCCUGUUCUAGCUCACCCCAAGCACAGCUUUGCAGACCUGAUUAGCUGGGAAUAGCAGCUUCUCCCACAGCAUUUAUUGUCCCUCAGCUGCUCUCCUUCCUGCUGCCAUAAGCAGAGGACACUUGUGUGGUAUGGUGUGAUAGAUUCACGUGCAGCUGCUUUUUGCCUGGUAACAGGGAGAGAGGGCUGCAGUGCUGGCCCCAAAAUGGAGUUUUCAAAACUUCCCCAGUCUCUGAGUUGGCCCCAGCUUUGGCCUGGCUGGGCCACUCUGGCAUCUCUGCCAUCAUUAUUUAAGAAGAGGAAUCUGCAGUGGGUAGGAAGAGAUGGAAGAGUAGGACAAGCUGGAGGCAACCACCCAGUCAGUGAAGGAGGAAGGGAGAAGCACAGGACCAGAGACUCCCUCGCAACCCAUAGUGAGGGGGCAGGAGGUCACCCUGCAACCCAUGGAGGGCAACGGGGGACUGUUAGUUACCAGCAGCUCUGGGAGGACCCCAUGCCAGGAGAAACAACUGAGCCUAGUGAGGACCCCAUGCCAAAGGGAGCAAUGGCCAGGGACCCUGUGCCAGGGGGAGCGGUUGCACCUGGACAGGCAGGAGCUGUGGAAUGCCCAGGAGUCCUCCUGCCCUGAGGUGAGACAAGGGGCAGGAGUCACAGGAAAGGGACUGACUGUACCCCUAUUCCCUGUCCCCCUGAGCUGCUCAGUGGUGGAGGAAGUAAAGAUAUUGGGAUCAGAUGCCUGAGCCCACAAAGAGGGGAAGGCUGGGGGAACAGUGGUCUGAAAGGGGCUGGUUGUGCUCUUCAUCACAGUCCUACUUUGUGCUGUUUUCUGCUUGUUAUGUUUUUGGUUG